UACUCUCACAAACAAACUCAGCAACAAUUAAUUGCAGUUUCCAGCCUCUGAAUUCUCAAGGAAGAUGGACGGCAGUGAUAGUGAAGCUCCUGGGGAUGGCAUCAGUCUGUUUACGUAUGGAAUCAUAUUCUCCGUUGCUGUCUUUUUUCUGAUAGCGGUCAUCGCUUUUGCCUGCAACCGCAUGCGCUACGCCGGCCAACAUGACUGGCCGCCAUCUCGCCGGAGCAGCAGUGUUCUUAGAACAGUAAGAGACCCGAGUUUGAUACGAAUUGAGGAAGGUCUGGACGAAUCCACUCUCAACAGCUACCCCAAGCUCCUCUACUCUCAGGCAAAGAAGGAAUACUCCGCAAGUUCAGCUCGCUGCUGUCCCAUAUGCUUGGUUGAUUAUAAAGAGACAGACAUGCUCCGGCUGUUGCCUGACUGCUCUCAUCUCUUCCAUCUCCACUGCAUCGACCCCUGGAUGAGGCUGCGCUCGACAUGUCCGAUGUGUCGGAAGACACCAGUUCCAGUUCCAUCUCCAAAGACGGCUGAUGAUCUUAUCGCAGCGACACAAGAAAGUUAGAUUGAUGAUGCAAACCGGACGAGAGACUACUUGGAUGUUGU